UCGUUGCGCGCAACCUGGCGACCUGACAAAAGUUGGAAAACGUGAACGCGCUUGCUCAGACAAGACACUUUUCCGACAAAGCAAACAUGGCGGGUGACAAGGACCCUCUCAGUCGGCUACUGGACCUGGCUGAGCUGAAGGACCAACUGGAUGAUCUUCAGCAACGAGUGACAGACGAGGUGCAGAUUCCUCAGGGAGGCAGUGUGCUGAGUUCACCCUUCCUGAAGGGCUUCUUGGCGGGGUACCUGGUGGCCCGGUUCCGUUCCUCGGCUGUAUUUGGGGUGAUUGUCGGGACCUGCACUGGCAUCUACGCUGUGCAGAACUACAAGGUGCCCAACAUCGAGAAGACCUUCAGAGACUACACUCAGAGGAGGCCCAAGUAGAGCAGGGUCCCCUUCCAUCUCCCGAGAGGACGACCGUCAGUACCUCUCCACAACGCCAAAACAAACUGUUUUCCUUUCCUGUUUAUCAUGUAAUAUUUGUAAUUUUAUUGUGUAAUAUUUGAGUAGAAUAAUGUGGGUGUUUGGGACAUGGUGUUAAAGGGAAGUAUGGUUGGCUCAAUUUCAGGGGUCUGUGCAUUAAUUGAAUUUGUUAUUUAUCUGACACUUUUAUCAAAAGUGACUUACAGUUGAUUAGACUAAGCAGGGGACAAUCCUCCCCUGGAGCAAUGUGGGGUCAAGGGCCUUGCUCAAGGGCUCAACAGCUGUACAGCUCUUAUUGUGGCAACACCAGGGCUUGCACAGCCAACCUUCCGGGUACCUGUCAUGCACCUGAGCCACUAGGCUGCCCCCAGGGGCCUAUGUGUCUAUCUCAGUGAAUGUGUGAUGCACUUUCCUCUGCACUGGGACCCUGCUUUUCCCCCCCAAAUAUUUGUCAUCACAAUUGCCAUUAAUGUGUUUCUGGAGUUACUAUGCGCCCUGUACACCAGGAACGCUGUCUGCGGGAGUGUGUGCCUAACUCCAAAGCACUCGCCUGCUAGCCACUGUGCUACAGUCAGCAUGCACACAUUACUGCGUCAGAAAGCUAGCACUGAUUGGAAGAGAGGCGCACGUCUCUCACUGAAGAUGACGUGUAGUCUACAGACUCCUGGGGUGUUGUUUAGAGGAGCUGACGCAACAGUUACCCGAGCAACCCUGAUCCAGCUUCGAGUCACCCCACCCCUGGAAGCAUGAGGCAGAGACGUAGCCAAGGCUAAUGUUUGAACCUGUGGGUCCAGGUUGUGCAGUGCUGAAAGCCUACAGACUGAGCCAGGUGUGAGACUCUGCUUCUGUAAUAGGAGGCCUUUCUAAAUUGGUUUUGGUCUCAAGGGUGAUUUCCUGUCGAGGUGCCGUCUAAAAUGCCAAGUGCAGCUGCCUAUUUAGUCUAAUAUCUGUGACGAUCAAGAGAAAAUGCACACUGUUUUCAUGCCAGUUGUUUUAUAUGUACACUCAGUGACCACUUUGUUAGGUAGACCUGCACACCAGCUCAUUGAUGCAAAUUUCUAAUCAGCCAAUCGUGUGGCAGCAACUCGAUGCAUAAAAGUGUGCAGACAUGGUCAAGGGGUUCAGCUGUUGUUCAGACCAAACAUCAAAACAGGGAAGAAAUGUGAUCUAAGUGACUUUGACAAUAGAAUGAAUAUUGGUGCCAGACAGGGUGGUUUACAAAGAAUACUGCUGCUGCAGCAAAAUAAAAAAUCCAGUGAGCAGCAGUUCUGUGGCCAAAAAUGUUCAUGAGAGAGGUCAGAGGAGAAUGGCCAGACCCGUUCAAGCUGACAGAAAGGUGAAAGCAACUCAACCGCACGUGACAACAACAGUGGUAUGCCAUGCUCAGAACACAGUGCGUUAAGUGAAUGGGCUACAGCAGCAGAAGACCAGUAAGUAGAAUAAAUAUUGAAUAAAGUGGUCACUGAGUGUAUAAAUGGAUCAGCUAAAAACUCCCCUGCUGCAGCUACAUCGGAAACCUUUCUGUUUAGUAUCCCUGCUGUGUCAACACCCCCCUCUUCUGGACAUUACAAGAAUUCUGUAGUAACCAGUGCACUUACAGUAAUCCUUUUGAAGAGUAGGUUUUUGGAAUGCUUUUUCAAAAGUCAGUGUUCUUGAACUCAGUUGCUUUCAGUUACCAGUAGUGAUUGUUACAUCAGCGUUAGUAUGUUCAGUUAAGAAAAUUCUAAUCACGUACUGUAUGUGUCAUCUUGGCCAAUAAUUUUAUAUUUUUGUAAUAAUAAUUUGUUAUUUCACUGACCAUUUUAUCCGAAGCAACUUUGUUAUACUAAGCCGAGGACAAUCCUCCCUGGAGCAAUGCAGGGUUAAGGGCCUUGCUCAAGGGCCAAACAGCUGUGCAUAUCUUAUCGCUGCUAUACCAGGACUUGAACCACCAACCUGCCGGGUCCCAGUCCUGCAUUUUAGCUACUAGGCUACAGGCUGCCCCGUACAUUUUUCCAUUGAUUACUUGCUCAACAACAGUUCCAUCACGAAAAGCUCCACCAGGCACAGGUGUGUAUUGUCUAUUGUCCUCUCGCGUUCCAGUGAGGGUUUUUUGUUGAAAUGGGGCAGUGCUGCAUAGUCUGGAGAGACUCUCUCCAGAAGUUUGUCCAGCAGUCCUAAGCCUGUCAGAAAGCUUGUUGAAAGGCGGUGUUCCUACCUUGAGUCUUUUUCACCAAGAGAAAGAGGCAAUGCACUUUGGGGACCACCCUGCCUAUAGCUGUUACACACUCAUGCUCUGUGGCCUACACUGCCUGUAGAUAGAUGCCCAUAGCUUGUAGACAUCUGAAUUGCUUUGUUCUUGUUUCCAUUUUGGUUUCAUUGGUUGGUAACCAGUUUGCUCUCGUUUAUCUUGCAGUAUUUCUCGAUUCUGAAGUGGCAUGGGUCCAAUUUGUACUACAGCCUUUACAUAUAGAUAAGAUUUUUGCCAUAUGUUUUUUGUUUUGGCUAGGACAGUUUUUUAUUUAAUGUUUAGCCAUAAAAUAAUUCACAAAGGAAUAUAAGGCUUAUUGAUCAGGCUUUGUAUAAUAUAUGUGCUGUACUGUAUUGAAAUUGAACCAAAUCUUCACAUUAAACUUCCACAUUUUCAAACAAAA